AUGACGAAAAUCGUCGCCAAAUGCCACAAGCUUCUGGAAGAGGAAAGCCUCCGUCGCUCCUCGCAAAUUAUCUCCGUUGUUGGUGAUCAAGCUUACAUUUUCGGCGGAGAGCUACGACCGCGUGAGCCUCGCGACAACGGUGUCCACGUCGUUUCAUUGAAUAGUAGAAACGCCACCCUUACCUCCAAGCCGGCCACGUCCCGAUCUCCCUCUCCUCGUGUCGGCACUGCCUCGUGUACUCUAAACGACAAUGUCUACAUUUUCUCUGGUCGGGGAGGCGUCGCGAUGGCUCCUAUUGAGGAAGACGGUGCGAUUUGGGAAUUCGAUCCGUCGGCAUCAAGCUGGUCGCGUAUUUCGCCAUCAAACUCGAGCUCACAGGUCACCCCGGCAGCUCGGAGCUACCACUGCAUGGCUAGCGACGGAAAGGAUACGCUUUAUCUCCAUGCAGGUUGCCCAGAGAAGGGGAGACUAUCCGACCUUUGGGCCUUCAGCCUUUCCCAAAGAAGUUGGACGGAACUUGCCCCAGCCUUCGAUCCUCCCCGUGGAGGUACAUCGAUCGCAUUCGCCAAUGGCAAGUUGUAUCGAAUGAACGGGUUCGACGGUAAUUCCGAACAGGGAGGAAGUGUGGAUAUCUACGCGCCCGAGACUAACUCUUGGACUUCGCACUCGUAUCAGCCCGAUGGCAAAUCAGGUCCGACCCCGCGAAGCGUGGCCUCUUUGCUCCCGAUUCGUCUGACAGGGAGGUCUUUCCUGGUCACAUUAUUCGGCGAGCGUGACCCCAGCUCAUUGGGGCAUCAAGGAGCGGGGAAGAUGCUCCGUGACAUGUGGGCGUUUGACAUUGAAAGCCAGAAAUGGGAGGAAAUCGUUGCUGAAGGCUCAGACCUUCCCUUUGCACGGGGCUGGUUUGAUGCCGAUAUUGCCGGUGAAAAUACUAUUGUGGUUCAUGGUGGGCUGGGGGAGUCGAAUGAACGAUUGGGAGAUGUGUGGACUAUCGAACUCUGCUGA